AUGGAUCCUCCCGUUGAUACCCCCGCUAGUCAACAAUUGAUGCUUCCUCCCGUCGGUCCUGCCGCCAAUGAACAAUUGACGAUUCCUCCCGGCGAACCUCCCACCAAUCAACCGUUGAUAAUUCCUCCCGCGAAUCCUAUAGAUCUCCAAUUGAUAUCUAGACAACUGGCAGCUCAGAAUGAACUAAUUCAAAAGAUGCAGAAUGACGCUUCCGCCCGCGACGAAGAAUACAACCUCCUCAGCAAAAAGUUUGACAAGAUCUCGGUCAAGAAGUCAUCUACAAAGUCAACAAAAGCUAAGCCCAGGGCCUCUACUAGCGCUAUCCCAACUGCGACACAAACCUCUGAGAAGAAGUCUAGAAGACAUUCAUCUGUAACAACAAAGAUCAAGCCCGCAAGCUCUGGUGCUCGAAAAUCAAAGGUCUCUCCUACUAAGACCCCCAAAAGACCUUUGACUUCUGCCAAAUCGACCCCGAAAUCAACAUCGAAAACCUCCAGACGUGCCUCUGCACCACCUCCAAAGUCAUCCCCAGUAAAACAAGAUCCCAAUCAAUUAGAUACACUUGAGGUUCCUGAAGGGUUUCAAAAAACCAAGGAUUGUUUUUAUGCUUUUAUUCGAAUCUUAUGGAACAUGAUGGAAAAAGGCUCGAUUCCCGUGGUACCUGACCCAGAACGUUUGGCCAAAUUCAACGCUCAAUUCACCGAGGCUGCUCAGAUCACAGAGGUCGCUGACAGCUCUACAGAACAGGACCUUAUCCCUCACAACGAGAUCGUGACACUUGCUGACGCUCGAUCUGGACGCAUCAAGAUCGGCCGUGGAAUUGUGCACGUUCAGGACUUUUUUCUUCGUUACUCUCUAGCUAUGCUGGCCAAGCUUGGAAUCCGCCGCUGGUGUCCUGACCUCACAGAUGCACCCGAUUCCCUCUGGAACGAGGCAUGUCGUAUUAGUGCUAUCCGGAUCUUUCGAAUGUGGGUCACUGGGAAAGCGUUUCCAAACGCUAGCGGCCAGGAGACAAAAGAAAACGGUAGUAUUCAAAAAGAAGAGGAAAGAAAAGCGGUUCAACAGGCUCGUCAACACCUUCGUGAUGCUCGGUUUGCUCAUGCAGUCGCACACAAGUUUCCUAAGUGCUAUCAGGAGAUGUUGGCUAUGGUCGAGGCUCAUAGCGACGAUGAAUAUCGCCCCAAGCGUGGUGCUUACGUAGUCAAGACCCCAGGAUACCGAUCCGAAGCUGCUGGUAUUUUCAUCCGACGUGUUGAUGAGCGUAUGGCUAGGGAUGACGAGCUCAAAGGCAAACGAGUGCAAAGACGCAAGCGAUUCCGACCAAAAAACCCAACUCAAUCGAUGUUUACAAAACCUCCAAAGGGCCUACCGCUGGACUUUUACCACCCCGAUUGGUACAACAACAUCUUGUCAAUCUCACAGCGAAAGGAUAUGGCGGAUGUCUUCAAAGUUAUGUUUCUCCCAGAUCCUUCUCUGUCUCUUCUUGGUAACACACAUCCCGAUGAGAAACUUGGCGACAAAAAAUUCACCGAAAAACAUUGGGCUAGGGCAACCAAACAUUAUAAUCUCAAACAUGAGGAGGAUCCUGGCUCAGAGGAUGAAGAAUCAUCUGAUGACGACGAUGAAACUUACGCUGGAACUAGCGAAGAUCUUGACGACACCAAUGGAGAAGAUGAUGAUGAAGAGGAGGAAGACGAUUAUGAAGAGGAAGAGGAGGAGGAUGAAGAUGAUGAUGAUGAUGAUGAAGAAGAGGAAGAGCCUCUUGUGGUCGGAAAAGGAAAAAAAAGGGCUGAAACAAAAGAAAGUGCAGCGAAAGGGAGAGGUGAAUACUAUGUUGAAGAUGAGGACAUGGAGGCAGAUGAAGACGAUGCUCGGGCAAAAAGAACAAAUUUGGACAUUGAUGGAUUGGAAUUGAAACAAAACAUCCCUUCGAAACCAUCCACCAAUUCGGAAGUUCUUCCCACGACCAUUGGUGAACACAUCUUGGAAAACAUCUUUUCAAAGCUACCACGUUUCCCGGAAGGCACUCAAAACGUUCAUCUUACACCAGUGUGCAAGAGCUGGCACGAAGCUGGUAAAAAGAUGUUCUGGAGCGACAUCAGAGUUAGUGGAAUGGUGGCGUUGGUUAAACUUCACAUAAUGGCCGUAGAGUUUCCCGAGCGUGCGGUCAAGACCAAGACCCUGUGGAUACAUGAUACCAACUUUAUGAAAGACUUUGGCCGUACCAAAUGGGCCGCUCUCUCAGACGAAGAGAAAGGUUGGGCAAAAGAUUAUGUCUGGCCAAGCUUUUGGGCCUACCCAUGGCUUCCCAAGGCGUCUGUUUAUCUCAUCUCAUAG